CUUGGCCGGAAGUUGGAGGGACACGCGCCGUGGAAAGCUCCAGACAAACAUGGCGACGUGCGUGAAAAUGAUAAGAGCAGCGGGAUUUCUCCAAAGAACAGCAGCUCACAUGGUCAAAAACACUUCGCCAGGGUGCUUCAGAUUCGGCAUACAGCGGGCCGACACACCGGGCACGUGCGGGUGCCGCUCGGUUCGCCUGUACAACAGUUGCGGCUCGGUUCACGCCUCUAACAUGACAGCUGGACCUCGUCGCUGGAUGCGGGUGACCGGGGUUCGUUUUGGCCUCCUCGAGUCAUCGCCCUGCCGCCCCAGAGCCUUCGGAAACCGGGCGAGCGGUGCCGGCUUCCACGGGGAGGAUGGCGCGGAGAGCGGCGGCGGUGACUCGGGAGGAGAGGAGUCCGGCGGCGGUGAGGACGGAGGAGCGGCGUACGCUGGAGCUCAGAUAACAGCUCUGACCCCGAUGAUGGUGCCGGAGGUUUUCCCCAAUGUGCCACUGAUUGCCGUGAGCAGGAACCCUGUGUUCCCCCGAUUCAUCAAGAUUAUCGAGGUGAAGAACAAAAGCCUGAUGGAGCUCCUCAGGAGGAAGGUUCGAUUGGCGCAGCCCUACGCCGGAGUAUUCCUCAAGAAAGACGACAACAACGAGUCAGACGUAGUGGAGUCCCUGGAUGCCGUCUACGCCAUGGGAACCUUUGUGCAGAUCCACGAGAUGCAGGACCUCGGGGACAAGCUAAGGAUGAUCGUCAUGGGUCAUCGCAGGAUCCGCAUCACUCGGCAUCUGGAGGUAGAGCCCGAGGAGUCGGAAUCGGUGGCGGAGUCGCCUGAGUCGCAAGGCAAGACCACGUCGGGACGCCGAGCCAAGCGCGAUCGGCGGGAGGAGCGGAUAGAGGACAAGAUCGCCCAAGCUGACCUGAUGCCAGAACUGCAGCCCUCGUCCGGCAUCCUCAUGGUGGAGGUGGACAACGUCCUCCACGAGCAGUUUACCGUCACAGAGGAAGUCAAGGCGCUGACGGCUGAAAUUGUCAAGACCAUCCGUGACAUCAUUGCGCUCAACCCCCUCUACAGGGAGUCUGUUCUGCAGAUGAUGCAGGCGGGCCAACGUGUGGUAGACAACCCCAUCUACCUGAGUGACAUGGGCGCCGCGCUGACGGGGGCAGAGUCACAUGAGCUGCAGGACGUCCUUGAGGAAACCAACAUCCCAAAGCGUCUGUACAAAGCUCUGUCGCUGCUCAAAAAGGAGUUUGAGCUCAGCAAGUUGCAGCAGCGUCUGGGCCGAGAGGUGGAAGAGAAGAUCAAGCAGACGCACCGCAAGUACCUGUUGCAGGAGCAACUCAAGAUUAUCAAGAAGGAGUUGGGCCUGGAAAAGGAAGACAAGGAAGCCAUCGAGGAGAAGUUCCGCGAGCGUCUGAAGGACAGGACUAUCCCCCAGCACAUCAUGGACGUCAUCAACGAGGAACUCACCAAGAUGGCCUUGCUCGACAGCCACUCAUCAGAGUUCAAUGUGACCCGCAACUACCUGGACUGGCUCACCAGCAUGCCCUGGGGCAUCAACAGUGAGGAAAACCUGGCGUUGGACAGAGCCAAGGAGGUUCUGGAAGAAGAUCAUUAUGGGAUGGAUGAUGUGAAAAAGCGUAUAUUGGAGUUCAUUGCGGUCAGCCAGCUGCGAGGCUCCACGCAGGGCAAGAUCCUGUGCUUCUACGGCCCUCCGGGGGUGGGCAAGACAUCCAUCGCCCGCUCCAUUGCCCGUGCCCUUAACCGCGAGUACUUCAGGUUUAGCGUGGGCGGCAUGACGGACGUCGCCGAAAUCAAAGGACACAGGAGGACGUACGUGGGUGCCAUGCCAGGGAAGAUCAUCCAGUGCCUCAAGAAAACCAAAACGGAAAACCCACUGGUUCUCAUAGAUGAGGUGGACAAGAUGGGCCGCGGCUAUCAGGGCGACCCGUCCUCGGCUUUGCUGGAGCUUCUGGACCCCGAGCAGAACGCCAACUUCCUGGACCACUACUUGGAUGUUCCCGUGGAUCUUUCCAAGGUUCUGUUCAUCUGCACGGCCAACGUGACCGACACCAUCCCGGAACCGCUCCGAGACCGCAUGGAAAUGAUUAACGUGUCAGGUUACGUGGCUCAGGAAAAACUGGCCAUCGCCGAGCGCUACCUUGUCCCCCAGCUGCGCUCGCUAUGCGGCCUGAGCGAAGAGAAGGCAUCCAUCUCGUCCGAAGCGCUCAGUCUACUAAUCCGACAGUACUGCAGAGAGUCCGGCGUCAGGAACCUGCAGAAGCAAGUGGAAAAGGUUUUCCGUAAGGUGGCCUUCGCCAUCGUCAGCAGGCAGCAGCAGGUGGUCAGCGUCUCAGCACAAAACCUUCAAGACUAUGUUGGGAAACCAGUUUUCACCGUGGAGAGGAUGUAUGACGUCACGCCACCGGGAGUUGUCAUGGGGCUGGCGUGGACCGCCAUGGGAGGCUCGACUCUGUUCAUCGAGACAUCCUUGCGUCGUCCUUUGGCUAAAGAUGGCAAAGGAGAAGGUUCUCUGGAGCUAACAGGUCAGCUGGGUGACGUCAUGAAGGAAAGCGCUAAAAUCGCUUCGACCUUUGCCAGAGCCUUCCUGAUGCAACGGGAACCCGAAAACAGCUUCCUGCUCGACUCUCACCUGCACCUUCAUGUUCCAGAGGGGGCCACGCCCAAGGAUGGCCCGAGCGCCGGCUGCACCAUCGUCACGGCCCUGUUGUCCCUGGCGACCGCUCGGCCCGUGCGUCCAAACGUGGCCAUGACCGGCGAGGUAUCCCUGACGGGGAAGAUCCUUCCUGUGGGAGGCAUCAAGGAGAAGACUAUCGCCGCCCGACGCGCCGGCGUGACCUGCAUCAUCUUGCCGGCGGAGAACAGGAAGGAUUUCUCUGACCUCCCAGACUACAUCACGGAUGGCCUGGAGGUUCACUUUGUGGACCACUACAGUCAGAUCUACCCGGUGGUCUUCCCUCAGUCUUGAGCGCCGAGUGCAUGUCACGUCCACUCGGUCCGGUUCGGCGGUCAGUGCCACGGCCGAAGCGCCCGCCACCGACGGACCGACGACAAGCUGGGAUGAGCACAGGAGGGGAUGUCGCCGGUCUGCUGCCAGCCAGCCUGGCCAGCCGUGGGUGCCAUGUUGCUUGCUGCGGACAAACACUUUGAUAGAUGAUUAUAAUUAUUUUUAUUUUAUAUUAUUGUCAAUGUAUGCUUGAGUAAAAAAUGCAGUAUAAAAUUUAUGAUGAAGACAAAAUGCUAAUCUCAUUCUAUUACAAGGUUACCACUGACCUGUUUUUUUAAACACAUUUCCUAAAGAUCUUGCACUUUCAUACAAGAAAUUUCAGAUUAAUUACAAAUAGUGCACAUUCAGAAUGGAGACCAAUUUUCGAGGGGGUUAUUCACAGUGACCUAGUGGUUAGAGUGUCUGCCCUGAGACUGGAAGGUUGUGGGUUCAAACCCCGGCCGGGUCAUACCAAAGACUGUAAAAAUGGGACCCAUUGCCUCCCUGCUUGGCACUCAGCAUUAAGGGUUGUAAUUGGGGGGUUAGAAGGAGUGGAGCUCUUUACAAGCCCUAGGCUUUGUCUCCCUCCUUGCACAGUUAUUGAUAUAAUAUGUGCUAAACAAUAAACUAAACUAAACUAUCCACAGACACGCGCUGGCAACACAGGAAUGACAAAAACAUUGUGUGUGAAGGUGAAUAAAUACCGUUUUUUUCCGUGUAUAGUGCGCCCCCAUGUAUAGUACGCACCCCUAAAAAUGGCAUGCUGAUGCUGGAAAAAAGCUUGUACCCAUGUAUAAUACGCACCCAAUUUUUAUGAAUUUUUAGAAAAAAUAUUUUUUUUUUUUUUUUUUAAGUCCCAAUGAUCGUCACACACGCAGGGAGGCAAUGGGUCCCAUUUUUAUAGUCUUUGGUAUGGUCUUAACUAGGCUGGAUGUAAUUUCUUUUGUUGGCGUUGAUUUCUCCGACUGCCCAUAAACGCACCACCACGCUCCGUGCGCGCACGGGACAGCAAACGAGCAGGUGAUCGAGCAAGCGUCUGAUACGAGAGCAUUGCGGUCGCAUGGAGCGUGUUUGGAGCGGAGAAAUCAACGCCAACAAAAAAAAUUACAUCCAGCCUAGUUAAGACCAUACCAAAGACUAUAAAAAUGGGACCCAUUGCCUCCCUACGUGUGUGACGAUCAUUGGGACUUAAAAAAAAAAUGAAAAAAAAAAAAAUGAAAAAUUUUUUUUGUACCCAUGUAUAAUGCGCACCCCAGAUUUUAGGACAAUAAACUAGUUAAAUUUUGCGCACUAUACACGAAAAAAAAACGGUACUUGGGAUGAUACAGAAUGAUGUAUAAAGUUGGAAUGGGUUGACUCGGUCAAAUAAUGUAGCAAUUAGAAGGAAAAAACAAAAUUCUGUAGAAUUUGGUAUGAAUUUCAAAGUUGAAAAUUUGGAAUUUUUGGUAAGUGGAAAGUUUUGGAAUAGUCAUAAGAGGAACAGUUUAAAGUUUGAACGGGUUGAAUUGGUUAAAACAUGUAGAAAUUAGAAGGGAGAAAUUAAAUGUGUGGAACUUUUUGUGAAUUUUAAAAGUGAAAAUGAAAAUCUUUAAUCGUGGUAAGUUUUGAAAUAGGUAGGCACAAAAUGAACAAUUUAAAGUUGGAACAGGUUAUAUCGGUUGAGAUUCGAAAUUAGAAGAGAAAAAUUAAAUUAAGUAAAAUAAUACGGGAAAUUUUAAGGUGAAAUUGUGACAUUUUUGAAACGUGGCAGUUUUAGAAAUGUUCAGAAUCCUCCCCAAUGUGAUUGGAAUGUGCUAAAUGAUGUGAAUUUCAAACGGGAAUGAUUUAAAUGUUGAAUGUGCCAUAAAGAAUGAAUGGGGAAAAUUCAUUGUAAAUUUUGCAAAAACGGAAAAUUUUGGAAUGAGAAAAAUGCAAGCACUCCUCACGUGAAUAUUUGGUAUAUGUCAAAAGUGGAAUGAAGUGAAUCGGAUAAAUUAUGUGGAAGUAGUAGCUAGGGCAAAAAAGUGAGGAGAAUAUAAGAGAAGAAGCAGAAGAAUAUUUGAAAAUUUGCGAAUUUUGCGAAAACUGAACAUUUUUUGAAUUAUAUAAUGCAAGCACUCGUGUGAAUAUUUGGAAUAUGUCAAAAGUGGAAUGACAUGAAUUAUGUGGAAGGAUAAAAUAGAUGAAGCAGAAGAAUAAAGUGAAUGUGUAAAAUAA